CUUUUGAAAACAGCGCAGUCGUGCGUCGCGUUUGCCGCUCGGCGUCCAUGAUAUGUGACGCUUCUGCAGAGGAUUCCGGAGCUCGGAGCGGCAGCGGGAGAGAAGUAAAUGCUCCCCCUUCUACACUUCAAGUAACGGCGGGGAAAAGACGGCGUUUUAUCGGGAAAACCGGGUUUUGUAAUUCCACCGUAUUAGUAGCAGUCAGUCGACGGUCACCUGCCCACACGUCUACUGCUAACGGUUGUGCCGGUGAAGUGAGCCGUAGCCCAGCAUGAGCCCCUCUGACUGAGACGCAAGCACGUCUAGUGUUUUGCCCAACAGCUGAUAGCUUUCAUCAGUUAAAGCCAUGCCUGACGAGUGAAGUUAGCUAUUUGCUCACAGAAAAACAACAGCACCCUACAUGUCUCUCCAUGUAGCUUCCUCCCUGUGCAUCCUGCUGGAGUAACCCCCCCUCCUCCACGCCUUCCAGAUAGGCUCUACUGCCCUGUCCCCUCUCCACACCACCGCCCCUCCGUAUCCACCUGUCACAAUGCCGCUCCACCUCAGAAUGGCCAACACCUGAAGAUUCCCAUGCGUCCAGUGAGCGACGAGUCGGACGGUCCUGCUCCUCUUGAAAGCUUCUCGUGCCCCCUAACCCCAGUGGACCCCCUGCCUGCCGCAGAGAUGUCCCUGCUUCACUCGCUGGGCCCAGUGCAGAGCUGGCUGGGCCAGGAGCUGGAGAAGUGCGGGAUCGAUGCCAUGAUCUACACCCGCUACGUCCUCAGCCUGCUCCUGCACGAUAAUUACGACCUGCAGGAUCAGGAGAACGACAUCUUGUUGGGCUGGGAGAAGGGAACUGGGAAGAGAUGGGCCAAGUGUAAGAAGAAAGGAGGGACGGAUCUGAGUCUGGAAGAGAUAAAGAAACAAGCUGCGGUGCAAUGCCUGCGUUCAGCAUCUGAUGAAACCUCUGGAAUUGAGAGCCUGGUUGAGGAGCUUUGCUCCAAACUCAAGGACAUCCAGAACAAACAGAAAGAAGAUAAACAGCUCAAGAAAUCGGAUGGAUCUCAGUCUCCUGAAGGAGUUGAGUCCCCUUCCUCAAAGGACCAGGUUGAAAUGUAUUAUGAAGCCUUUCCUCCUUUGUCAGAGAAAUCUGUUUGUCUCCAAGAGAUCAUGACUGUGUGGAACAAGGCUAGAGCCAUUGCUUACUCCGGUUCCUCGUCUUCCGCGGCCCCGCAGACCAGCACCGACACCUCCUCCCCGAAAGAUUGCAACAGUGACGGUGAAGCUGCUAAGGAGAAAACCCCUGAGGCAUGCAGCACUAACCCAACCAGCCAGAGAACCCUGCAGAGACGCAGCAAGAAGGAGAAAGAGAAACGAUUCCAUGGGGGCGCAACAGCAGAGGACCGAGCCACCGUCCAUGGCAAGAAGCAGGUGAGGCACAGGUCAGAGGGCAAGUAUCGCCCUCGUUCCUGGUCCUCUGGUUCUAGUGAGGCUGGCUCGAGCUCCAGCGGGAACCAGGGCGACUCCAAGACUUCCAGCAGCAAGGCGGGCAGGAUCAGGCACAGGUCCAAGGAGGUGUUCAGCAGGAGUAAGAGGGGGUGCCACAGUGGACAAGUGAAGCUGCCUCUGAAGGCCGUCGACAAAGAGGAGCGGCGGAAUGCUGGAGGCAGCAGCAGCAGCGCCACUGGAGGCCCUGGGAGGCAAACGCAGCUCUACAAAAAGGGGAGAAGACAGCUGAAGGAAAUUGGAAAAGAUCCAGGCUGGUGGGAAGAAAAGGAGUCUGGAGCUGAGGCCAGCAACAAAAAGGAGUACAUGGAGGAGCCCCUGUGGUACACGGAGCCCAUCACGGAGUAUUUAGUACCUUUCGGUAGCAGAAGGAGCAAACUGGAAACAAAGUACCGGAGCAAGGUGGACUCUCCAGACGACUCGACUACGUCCACCGACUUCGGAAGGCUGUCUGAGAGAAUGCAAGGCAUCUGCAUUGCCAACACAAGCUUCCAGAGGGCGUAUCUGACAGCGGGCACCUUUGUCGACGGGCACUUUGUUGAGGUGCCGGGUGACGCAGAUGAGGAUGCUACCGAACUCAACGGGACCUCAAGCUGCCCGCCGCCUGAGGAUAGUAGAGGGUUCGAUGAUGAGUAUCUGUCCGAAUUCACCCACUUCUAUGAAGUCGAUAUUUAUCAAUCCAUAUUGGAUCCUAGUGCCUCAGACUUGGUACAAGAGAGUCGAAUCUUGAACAUGAUUCGACAGAAGAGUGAAGAGCAAAGAGACUUUGAGGCAGAAUGUUGUUUAGUGUUAGAUGGUCUUGAGCUGCAAGGGGAAAGUGCAAUAAGGAUUGGCUGUCUGGAUGCUUUGGGAGAUGAUGGGUUCUUCAUGCAGGAUUUGGAAAACAUGGCUCAGUUCUGGGCAUGUUAUUCAUCCUCUAGCUCUGAAGAUAUAGAUGGAGAAAGCUUUGCAGGGGACUCUCCCGUUCAGCUCUCCCCCGCUUUGGACGGCGUUCCAUUCACCAUCGGCACGCUGCCUGGAAACCUGGAGGAGCCUCAUCUCCCAGAAGCCACCAGUGAAGCUCCUGGUCUGAACUCCUCCUGUUUGUCUCUUUUUGAGCUGCAGUACGAUAGCCCGACUCUUCCUUUUCUCCCCGUUGGUCACGAAAACAACACAGAUUCAAGUAGCUGUCGAGAUCCACAUUGUAACAAGCAGUCUCGUUUGUUAAUAUGGACCAAAAAUAGUGCCUUUGAUGAAACUGAACACUGUUCGAACCUUUCAACGCGAACCUGCAGUCCGUGGUCUCAUUCGGAAGAGACGCGUUCAGACAAUGAGCACAUAAACGUUCAAACGGAGUCCGCUCUAAUUGGCAAUGAAGAGAUUAAUUGUUUAAUCCCUCCCAUCUCUGGUGCAUACCUAGAGGAAGAAAUCCUGGACUUUUUACAAGAAAACAAUGGUCACCAGUGCGAGGAAGCCAAUGUAGGCCCUGUGUCCAAUCCGACCAUCGCAAAGAAAUCUAAAUUGGAGUCCAUUUGUGGAAUAGCGUUAGAACGGGACGAGAGCAAGCAGUACGACGCUGGCAUGUUUUCAGAUGACUCAAACCAACCGAGUGACAACUACAGCUCAGGGAUAAUAAAGGACAUUUGGACGGCCGUCGGAGAUGGGGACCUCCUACUAUCACUAGGAGACGAGAAUCCAGGCGAGGGCUUGUUUUCCCAGGAGUCGAGCAGCUACCACUGCGGCUGUCUCGACAUGCAGACCAAGGAAGAUGAUCCCGUCCAAGGGCCUCCGAAGAAGGCAGUGCAGCGCUCCGAAUACCAUCUGUGGGAAGAAGGAAAGAAUGAAGAGCAGGCCCUCCUGGAUAAAAAACGGCUCUCGAAGAUGAAUGCUUCCGGGGAUUACAUGACGCCGUCCAAUCCCUGGGACGUGAACCCCGAGAAGGACAACACGUCGUUCAUCCUGGGAGGAGUGUAUGGAGAGCUGAAGACGUUCACCAGUGACCAGGACUGGGCCGUGGUGCCACCAGGCGACGCGAAAGGCAGCCUUCUACAGUGUGCCACUGCUGCUGCCUCGUCCUCUGGCUCAGACGUGGUAACCAUUGCUGGUACAGACCGUGUGUUCAUGAACACAGGCAGCUGCUUUGCCUCCAGCCACAAGCCCCUCUGGAGGCCCCUGGUCUCCUUCGGGCAGAGUGACCAGGCUACUAAAGGAGGUGAGGAUGGAUCGAAUAAGGGAUUUUCUUUUAUCUUCCAUGAAGAUUUACUCGGAUCCUGUGCAGGCUUCCGUGGUGAGGAGCCGGGGAUCGACUACCCGUUUGCGUCCUUUGAUCUGAACAAUCCGUUCUCUCAAGUCCUCCAGGUCGAGUGCUCCUUUAAUCCUGAGGAGAUGGCUUCGUUCAGCCCGGGGUUCAAGCCCAAAUCUAUAUUGUGCUCGGACUCGGAGAAUGAAGCUUUCCACCCACGGCUAUACGGCAUCAACCGGACCACCCAGUACAGGGCCAUCCGCAUCUCCCCCAGGACUCACUUCCGACCAAUAUCAGCCUCGGAGCUGUCGCCCGGCGGAGGGAGUGAGUCGGAGGUUGAGUCCGAGAAAGAAGAGAUGAGUGUUCCCGUCUUGGUCCCGCCGGAUGUCUCCGACGACCCUCAGGCCGACCUCAAACCACUCGAGGAGGAUGCAGAAAACGAGGGCCCGUGCUACGGGAAGUCAGAACUGCAAUCUGGGAAAUUCCUGCCCAGAUUGAAGAAGUCGGGCAUGGAGAAGAGUGCCCAGACCUCACUGGAUUCUCAGGAGGGCUCUAGCACCCUCCUGCCAAUCGCUGAGCAGGAGACUUGCUUGGACUGCGAAACAGCGAGCGCACAGAUGGAUGUCCCAGUCGACAAGAUUCAGGAGGAAGAAUCUUGCAGAGAAAAGGAAACCUGUAAAUGUGCUGUAGCUGGUCAGAGUCCCACAUAUGGGAAAACCUAUGACUUCGUUGAAGAUUUGCAUGAGUUCCCUCUAUUAAAUAUUAGUGGACAGGGACUAACUGGUAUCCAGCAAGAUGAUUGCUGGUGGCAGAACACAAUCUGUUCCCCACUUUUCCCUGGACCUCAGUGUACAGGGAGCAGCAACAUCUGAGGAGUCCAGCUCUGUGGCGAGGAAGCCCAUCGUCAGGAAGAUUUGGCCUCUUCUCCUUUGACUGCACCUCUACUUGCAAAGAUAUGGGGGGGGCUCGCGACUUAGAAACAAUAGGCUUCUGGACAGAGGAACCCUUCUACAUCCCACCCUUAACCCUGCUGAUUUUCAUUUUACUAGAGUCUUGUGUAAAUCGACAACAACAAAAAAGGCCGCAAGUAGGAAACACUCGAAUAUGUUCUACAUGUCUUCAUGUGAUGCCAUAUCUGAAGACGUAUGCAUUUUAGAUUUGGGUUUUAGUUGAUUCUUCCAGACACAAUUCCGUCUUAAUUAAAGAGUCAGUUAGAUAUUAGGGACAGUCUUGUUUUUUCCUUCCAUUGGUUUUUCACAAUUCUUUAUUUUUUAGCUUUUGACCUAGGAUACUGGUAGUUAUGGUUUCCGACUGGUUGAGCAUGUUCCUGUCCUAAUAGUCUCACUCCUUAUUUUCUAGUGUAACUGCUGCAGUUUCCUUCAUCUGACUGGGAUGCCUCUCUUCAUAACGUAUGAAAGCACUGCGUUUGUGUCUUUGUUUCUCUUCAUCCCGAUCAUUUAGAAAGAAUGUGGAGAUUUUUGAGUAGCGUGUGUGCCUUUUCUGACUGAAGGAAAGAAUGUGUGCCGCUUACCUCUCAAAUCUGUAUUAAAGACACCCCCCCCCCCACACACUUACACACACACAGUGUGCAAAGUUGCUCUAAAUGAGUAUGAUUUUGGGUGAUUGUCUGAUUUUCAGAACCUUAGUAGUAGACACAGUAGAAAUGGUUUGUAAGGUAAAAAAGUAAAACCAACCCCCCAAAAAAA